AUGACGUCUGAAAGGUGUGGAAACCGUGACACUUCCUUCAAGGACGAGAUGGGAACGUUCAAAUGUGAAGAGGGAGAGGGUGUGAUUGAAAGAGAGGAGCUUACUCGGAGAGAAGUGAUCAGAGCAAUCGAGGUGUACGCAGGAAAUGGAAUCGAGUUUCAAGAAGCAAAUCCAUCAGACGUCCAUAGCACUGACAUUAUUUUCAUGUUCAUGAACGAUAAUCGGCACGCUGAUGGUAAGGUGUUUCACGGUGCUGGUGUUGAAAAGGCCCACGCGUUUGUCCCAGUCAAUGGAGAAAUUCAUUUCAACAACUUUGAGACUUAUUCCGUGAAAAAACAAGACGCAGGGAAAACAAGUUUGUUUUACGUCGCUCUCCACGAAAUUGGUCAUGCUCUAGGUCUAAAACAUUCGUCGCUUCAUGAUGCCGUCAUGAACGAAAAGUACGAACACGAAAAAGCUUACAAUGUGGUAGCACUUGAUGAGGAUGACAUUGAUGCUAUUUCAGUGCAGUACGGGAAAUUCGUUGUUCUCAUCAUUAAAGACAAGGUAUUGAUUUACGAAUGGGACAUGGUCCUUUUCCCCCGCCAAACAGCAACCUUGUCGUCAUACUUCAACCUUCCUGCCGGUACCAGGGUAAAAUCUGCUUUCAACCACUACAAGGGACCGUGUAAAAGUAACAAGGACAUCUGCGCUAAAACAACGCUCGUCGUGUCUCCUACGAAACAUUAUAUAGUGACAUGGACCCGAAAGGGUCGUCAAGUCAAGACCACAACAGUUGGAAAUGGAAAAGAUGUUAUUGGUCAAGAAAUGGGGGAUAGCCAGUUUCAGGCGGCAUAUGAGUACAUGAGGACACGAGGGGACACCGAGGAAAAGGAAGUUAUGAUAUUUGAUAAUAACAAGUUUAGUAUAGUAGAUACAAAUGGUGAUACUGUUGGCGCUGGAAUUCUUAGGUUGCUGAUCACCAAUGAGGGAACAGUUUGUGACGAUGGUUUUAGUGAUUACUCAGCUGACGCUAUUUGUCGUCAAAUGGGAUAUAUUGGUCAAAUAACGUGGACAUCCGGUAGUAAGUGGGACAUCCAGUCAAACUAUGAUAUUACUCUGGACGACGUUUCAUGCAGCAGCGGUGAAUGGAGUUCGUGUUCAUUUACAUUAUACGACAAUUGUGGUCACAGUGAAGACGUGUUUCUACAGUGUGAAGGGAUUGUUUUACUUGAUGGUGGCUUCUCUGAUUUUGGACAGUGGUCAGACUGUUCAGAGUUUUGUGGAGGUUCUCAAACAAGAACAAGGACUUGUACUAACCCUGCUCCAGCUUAUGGUGGUGCAGAUUGUGUUGGGGAAGUGUCUGAAAAUUUUAGUCUGGUGGACUCUAAUGGUGAUAUUGUUGGCGCUGGAAUUCUUGGGUUACUGAUUAGCAAUGGAGGGACAUCAAACUAUGAUAUUACCCUGGACGACGUUUCAUGCAGCAGCGGUGAAUGGAGUUCGUGUUCAUUUACAUUCAACGACAAUUGUGGUCACGGCGAAGACGUGUUUCUACAGUGUGAAGGGAUUGUUUUACUUGAUGGUGGCUUCUCUGAUUUUGGAGAGUGGUCAGACUGUUCAGAGUUUUGUGGAGGUUCUCAAACAAGAACAAGGACUUGUACUAACCCUGCUCCAGCUUAUGGUGGUGCAGAUUGUGUUGGGGAAGUGUCUGAAAGUCGACCUUGCAUAAAAGAUAACCGGAAGUGUCCAGAUUUUAGUCUGGUGGACUCUAAUGGUGAUAUUGUUGGCGCUGGAAUUCUUGGGUUACUGAUUAGCAAUGGAGGGACAGUUUGUGACGAUGGUUCUAAUGAUAACUCAGCUGAUGCUAUUUGUCGUCAAAUGGGAUAUAUUGGUCAAAUAAGCUGGACAUCCGGUAGUAAGUGGGACAUCCAGUCAAACUAUGAUAUUACCCUGGACGACGUUUCAUGCAGCAGCGGUGAAUGGAGUUCGUGUUCAUUUACAUUCAACGACAAUUGUGGUCACGGCGAAGACGUGUUUCUACAGUGUGAAGGGAUUGUUUUACUUGAUGGUGGCUUCUCUGAUUUUGGAGAGUGGUCAGACUGUUCAGAGUUUUGUGGAGGUUCUCAAACAAGAACAAGGACUUGUACUAACCCUGCUCCAGCUUAUGGUGGUGCAGAUUGUGUUGGGGAAGUGUCUGAAAGUCGACCUUGCAUAAAAGAUAACCGGAAGUGUCCAGAUUUUAGUCUGGUGGACUCUAAUGGUGAUACUGUUGGCGCUGGAAUUCUUGGGUUACUGAUUAGCAAUGGAGAAACAGUUUGUGACGAUGGUUCUAAUGGAUAUAUUGGUCAAAUAAGCUGGACAUCCGGUAGUAAGUGGGACAUCCAGUCAAACUAUGAUAUUACCCUGGACGACGUUUCAUGCAGCAGCGGUGAAUGGAGUUCGUGUUCAUUUACAUUCAACGACAAUUGUGGUCACGGCGAAGACGUGUUUCUACAGUGUGAAGGGAUUGUUUUACUUGAUGGUGGCUUCUCUGAUUUUGGAGAGUGGUCAGACUGUUCAGAGUUUUGUGGAGGUUCUCAAACAAGAACAAGGACUUGUACUAACCCUGCUCCAGCUUAUGGUGGUGCAGAUUGUGUUGGGGAAGUGUCUGAAAGUCGACCUUGCAUAAAAGAUAACCGGAAGUGUCCAGAUUUUAGUCUGGUGGACUCUAAUGGUGAUACUGUUGGCGCUGGAAUUCUUGGGUUACUGAUUAGCAAUGGAGGGACAGUUUGUGACGAUGGUUCUAAUGAUAACUCAGCUGAUGCUAUUUGUCGUCAAAUGGGAUAUAUUGGUCAAAUAAGCUGGACAUCCGGUAGUAAGUGGGACAUCCAGUCAAACUAUGAUAUUACCCUGGACGACGUUUCAUGCAGCAGCGGUGAAUGGAGUUCGUGUUCAUUUACAUUCAACGACAAUUGCGGUCACGGCGAAGACUUUUACUUGAUGGUGGCUUCUCUGAUUUUGGAGAGUGGUCCAGACUGUUCAGAGUUUUGUGGAGGUUCUCAAACAAGAACAAGGACUUGUACUAACCCUGCUCCAGCUUAUGGUGGUGCAGAUUGUGUUGGGGAAGUGUCUGAAAGUCGACCUUGCAUAAAAGAUAACCGGGAGUGUCCAGAUUUUAGUCUGGUGGACUCUAAUGGUGAUACUGUUGGCGCUGGAAUUCUUGGGUUACUGAUUAGCAAUGGAGGGACAGUUUGUGACGAUGGUUCUAAUGAUAACUCAGCUGAUGCUAUUUGUCGUCAAAUGGGAUAUAUUGGUCAAAUAAGCUGGACAUCCGGUAGUAAGUGGGACAUCCAGUCAAACUAUGAUAUUACCCUGGACGACGUUUCAUGCAGCAGCGGUGAAUGGAGUUCGUGUUCAUUUACAUUCAACGACAAUUGUGGUCACAGCGAAGACGUGUUUUUACAGUGUGAAGGAACUGUGCCUUGUGAUCCGGGACAGUAUUUCGACAGUGAUAGUUUAUGUCAAGACUGUUUAGUCGACACCUACAGUGGAGGAGAGAUUCUUACAUCCUGUACUUCUUGUCCAUCUGGCAAAACAGUCAGUUCUGGAUCAGGAACAAAUAUUGAGGACUGCGAAUGGAUGCCUUGUGAUCCGGGACAGUAUUUGGACAUUAGUAGUGGAUGUCAAGACUGUUUAGUCGACACCUACAGUGGAGGAGAGUUCGUUACAUCAUGUACUUCUUGUCCUUCUGGCAAAACCGUUAGUUCUGGAUCGGGGACAAAUAUUGAGGACUGCGAAUGGAUGCCUUGUGACCCGGGACAGUAUUUCGAUAGUAAUAGUGGAUGUCAAGACUGUUUAGUCGACACCUACAGUGGAGGAGAGUUUGUUGCCUCCUGUACUUCUUGUCCUUCUGGUAAAACCGUUAGUUCUGGAUCUGGGACAAAUAUUGAGGACUGCGAAUGGAAGCCUUGUGAUCCGGGACAGUAUUUCGACAGUGAUAAUUUAUGUCAAGACUGUUUAGUCGACACCUACAGUGGAGGAGAGUUUGUUACAUCCUGUAUUUCUUGCCCUUCUGGAAAAACUGUCAGUUCUGGAUCUGGGACAAAUAUUGAGGACUGCGAAUGGAUUUGUGGUCGUGGAAGUUUUCUAGAAGCAGAUGGAAAAUGUGGCGAUUGUAAAAGUGACGAGUUUUCCGACUGGGGUGCAACAAAUGCAGACAACUGUUCGGUUACUCAGUAUUUCUACGAGAUGGAUAUUUCCAGUAAAGUAAACGAGAAUACAUUACAUAAAAAAUACAGAUCAUAUUGGCGUAUUGAAUCCGGAUUAAGGAUCUUCUUUGCCUUCAACGACCAAGAGAUGCCAAAUUCUGCUUGUGAUAUGACCAUCGAAAUACAAGAUAUCGAGCUCGAAAUUGAUGUAAUGCAUUUUAGAAACACAAUCAGUGAUCCGGAAAAACUUAUCACAUAUACACUUGGUGACGACGAAAAUGAACUUACGAUAUCCGCACUUCAAACCAUAAUGAUCGAUGUGCAAGAUAAGGUACGAAUAGAAAUAAACGAGGAGCGACUUAGGUUCACAAACCAUGGAAAGUAUGUCGUUGAUAGCGAUGCCCAAACUAUUUCAAUAACCGCUUCUGAAGAGAGCUGUUUGAGAUUCCUUGAAGAAUACAGCUACAUCGAGCGAUUGCCGGAGAUGAUUAUUUUAUCCAGCGGAUCGACGAAAUUGAUACCGUUACUUCAAUUCCUGUUAUCGAAACACCGAGGGGAGAAGUCAUUCCUAUCGAGUUAUGCAAAGCAGCCUUUUUCCGGGACUGCUUCGUAGUAAACUUAG